UGUAACACCCCGAUUUUAGUAAGCUAGUUAUAUUAAUCAUUUUAUUUUUUUUAGUCAGUUAAAUAAGUUUAUUUUAUGAAUGAUGUGAUUAUUAUUAAUCAUGUAUUGUUAUGUCAGGUAACGUUGACCGGUAAGCUCCAGAAAUCAUAAAUGAAUAAGUAAAUAAUAUGCUGAAAUUAUCAGUUUAUAUUUAUCUUUAGAAUAUUUUUUUAAUCAGGUUAAAAUUCUACUUUCAGAACUAUAAGCAUUUUUUAAGCAGACUAAGACACCCAAAUCAGUUAUCUUGGCCGAAUCGGUGUUGUGGUUAAGAGCCCUAAAAGGAGCAGUUUAUACACGUAACACACCGCCUUUGUUUCUUUUACCAACAACAGUAGCCGCACCGCCUUAUUAUCGAUCGGGAACCAAUCUCCCUUAUCUCCCUGUUUUUCCUCUUUCUUCCUCUUCAUCCAAAGGUUUUCUAAUCAGUAUUUUGUUGAAGCUCCUUGGUCCCUUGUGUCAUCGGCUCUUGUCUAAUUUAAGAAGGGGCUUACCGAGAGACGUUAUCAAGGUGUCGCACUUAAUUGAGUAAUCUGAGUUCAACUUCUACAGAAUGACACGUGAAGACCAAGGUAACGAGGAUGGUUCGUCAAUAAGUAAUGCAGAGCUGGCCCGUGUUGUAGCUGAACUCCGAAGGCAAAUUGCUGACCAAAACAUCCUUAUUGCGCGCCUAACAGCUGAGGCAGGAAGCGGAAACAAUAAUAACAACAAUCAACAUGAGAAUGAGCACUAUAAUGACGGGGGAAGAGGAGGGCAUCAAGAGACAGGGUGGAACGAGCUGGUUCGUCGAGAGCCAUUACUGAUCACGUGGAAGAAGGCACACCCUGAGGACUUUGAGGGUGGGGCCGACCCCCUCAAAGCUCGAGACUGGUUGAAGAAAGUGGAGGGCCUAGCCGAAGGACUCGAGUUGAGGGAUAACGAGAAGGUCAAGUGUGCAUCUUAUAGCCUGACGAUGAGUGCGAGGACCUGGUGGGAGACAGUGAAGCAGAGAGUCAACACCGCCACCAUGACAUGGGAGCAAUUCUCAAGGGAAUUCAACGACAAAUAUCUAAACCCCAGCAGGAUGACAAAAUUUUGGGAUGAACUCCAUGCCCUCACCCAGGGUUCGAUGGAUGUGUUGGCACUGGCGACCAGACUUACUGAUCUCUUACAGUUGUGUCCCACCGCAGCUCCCACCGAAGAAGAUAAGACCAGAAUAUUCUUGAGAGCGCUGAGGCCGGAGAUAGCUGUCCAUGUUAGGAGGGGCAACGCGACUCCAGACACCUUGACUGAGUGUGUCAAUGUUGCUACUCAAGUGGAAUACUAUGUUUCAGCUUUACAGACAAGUGUCAUGACCUCAUCGGUGACUCAGCGUCCGUCAACGCAGAACUCAGGUGGAGGGCAAUCGCAAGGAUGGGAAAGGAACAAGAAGAGGCCUUAUUCAGAGUCCAGUGGGAAGGGAUCAAGUUUCACCCCAUCCCGUCAGGAGAAGAUCGUACGACACCCAUUGUGCAAUAAGUGUGGCCGCAACCAUCCCGGGCAAUGCCGUUUUGGAGGUACGACUUGUUACAUCUGCGGUCAAGAGGGCCACUUUGCUAGAUCUUGUCCGCGAAGAGGGCAACCACAAUCAUCGGGUGGCAAAAACAUAGCUAGCUCCGGGGCAAUCCACCAUAUGCAAGGGUACAUUGAGGGUCCUUCCAUUCAGCAAGGGAGGUUGGAGGCACCACCAGAGGUUACCACCGCAAGGGUGUACACGCUGACAAGAGAGGAGGCGUCUCAGAAUCCCAAUGUGGUCACAGGUCAGGUUUCCAUACUAAACAUCAAUGCUAAUGUGUUAUUUGAUACCGGAGCAACACAUUCCUUUGUUUCCAAAACAUUUGCCAAUAACAUUGAGAGACCAAAAGAAGAACCAGAGUAUAGCUUUUCAGUGUCCCUUCCAUCAGGUGAGACUAUGUGGUCAAGUCUUUGGCUGAGAGGAGUACCAUUAUUACUAGCAGAGAGAGUUAUACGCAGAUUUGGUAGUGCUGGAUAUGAAUGAUUUCGAUGUGAUAUUGGGAAUGGAUUUCCUUAGUAAGUAUUCUGCCUACAUCAGCUGUCGAACCAGGAAUGUACGGUUUAACCAGAUGGUACAGAGCCUUUCGAUUAUCAUGGAGAUUCACAUAAAUUGGAGAAGAUAGUAAUCUCUAUUGUGAAGGCAAGGAGAUAUCUUCAGAGUGGGUGUCAAGCAUUCUUAGCUCACGUGGUGAGUAAAAUUGCAGAGAAUGAGCCUAAACUUGAAACAGUAGCCAUUGUUAAGGAGUUCCGAGAUGUGUUUCCUGAGGAUCUUCCUGGGUUACCUCCACCAAGAGAGAUAGAAUUCGAGAUUGAGCUCAUACCGGGAACCAAUCCGAUAUCCAAGGCACCCUACCGUAUGGCACCAACGGAACUAAAAGAAUUGCAUAAGCAACUACAGGAGUUGCUCGAGAAGGGUUUCAUCCGUCCCAGUUUUUCUCCGUGGGGAGCUCCUGUGUUGUUUGUGAAGAAGAAAGACGGGUCUAUGAGGUUGUGCAUAGACUACAGGGAGUUAAACAAGGUUACGAUCAAGAAUAGGUAUCCCCUACCGAGAAUAGAUGAUCUGUUUGAUCAACUGAAAGGUGCCACUACUUUCUCAAAGAUUGAUCUGAGAUCAGGAUAUCAUCAGCUGAGAGUUAAGAAUGAGGAUAUUCCUAAAACAGCGUUUCGAUCCAGGUAUGGACAUUAUGAGUUUGUAGUCAUGCCUUUUGGCUUGACCAAUGCUCCCGCCGUUUUCAUGGACUUAAUGAACAGAGUUUUUAGUGAGUACUUGGACAAAUUUGUGAUAGUAUUCAUAGAUGAUAUCUUGGUGUAUUCAAAGUCCAAGGAGGAGCACGAAGGACAUUUACGGGUUGUAUUACGUACACUCCGGGAACAUAAGCUAUAUGCCAAAUUCUCGAAGUGUGAGUUCUGGUUGGGUCAAGUGGCUUUUCUUGGGCAUGUAAUCUCUAAAGAAGGUAUCGCUGUGGAUGCAUCCAAGAUUUCGGCCGUUAGAGAUUGGGUCCGACCUAUGAAUGCUAGCGAGGUUCGGAGUUUCUUGGGUCUUGCGGGUUAUUAUAGGAAGUUUGUGGAAGGGUUUUCCAAAAUUGCUCUUCCAUUAACAACCUUGACUCGUAAAGGGAAGAGGUUUGAAUGGACCGAUAGGUGUGAAGAAAGUUUCCAGAAGAUUAAGGAGUGUUUGACUUCUGCACCUGUACUCGCCUUACCUGAAGGAACUGGAGAGUUUGUGAUCUACUGUGAUGCUUCGAAGAUGGGAUUGGGGGCAGUUCUAAUGCAGAAUGACAGAGUCAUUGCCUUUGCUUCUCGUCAGCUAAAGGAUUAUGAACAGAACUACCCAACGCAUGACCUGGAAUUGGCGGCAGUUAUUCAUGCUCUAAAGAUUUGGAGGCACUACCUUUACGGCGUACAAUGUAAGAUCUAUACUGACCAUCAGAGUCUGAAGUAUAUCUUCACCCAGAAGGAACUGAACAUGAGGCAACGGAGGUGGCUGGAACUGGUUAAGGACUACGAUUGUGAGAUCCUUUACCAUCCAGGGAAAGCUAAUAGAGUUGCUGAUGCUUUGAGUAGGAAGACUCAUGCAUCGAUAGCUCUGAUGAAGACCAUACAUCCUGAGCUACGAAAGGAGAUCGAUGCAUUUGGUUUGGAGAUGGUGGUACAAGGACGCUUGAUGGCUAUUAUGGCAACACCAUCAAUUUUUGAGGAUAUGGGAAACAAGCAAGAAGAAGAUCCUAAUCUAGUAGAAAUCAAGAAAGGGAUUCACGAAGGUAAGUCCUCUGACUUUCAGGUUGACGAUAAAGGUGUGCUUAAAUUCCGAGGGCGCUUGUGUAUUCCAAACGUCGAGGAAUUUAAGAAGAAGAUUCUGAAGGAAGCUCAUGGAACACCUUUUGCAAUGCAUCCUGGUGUAACGAAGAUGUAUAGUGAUCUCAAACAAAGCUUUUGGUGGAAAGGAAUGAAGAAAGACGUAGCGAAGUUUGUACAGUCAUGUUUGACCUGUCAGCAAAUAAAGGUUGAACACCAGAGGCCGGGGGGUGAGUUGCAGCCUAUUCAGAUUCCAGAGUGGAAAUGGGAGGACAUAUCAAUGGAUUUCAUUGUAGGCCUACCAAAGACCACAGGAGGAUUCGAUGGCAUUUGGGUAAUUGUAGACCGAUUAACCAAGUCGGCCCACUUUAUUCCCAUUGCGGUAACCAUGAAUGUGGAAAAGUUGGCUUGGUUGUAUGUCCGUGAGAUAGUCCGAUUGCACGGAGUCCCCAAGACUAUAAUUUCUGAUAGAGACUCCAAAUUCACAUCACACUUUUGGGAGUGUGUGCAGCGGUCAUUGGGAACAAGAUUGAAGUACAGCACCGCCUUUCACCCGCAAACUGAUGGGCAGACCGAGAGGGUCAAUCGAGUUCUCGAGGAUAUGUUAAGGGCGUGUGCUAUCGACUUUCAGGGCAGUUGGGUGAAAUAUUUAAGCCUCGCAGAAUUCGCUUAUAACAAUAGUUACCAGGCCACCAUUGGUAAGGCUCCUUACGAGGCGUUGUACGGAAGAAGAUGCAGGUCCCCUAUCACGUGGUUUGAGAGUGGGGAAAAGAGAGUAAUGGAAGAACAACUCGAGGGUAGAACUGAAAUAAUCGAGGAGACAUCUGAGGCCAUUAAAACCAUCCGACAACGGAUUGAGGCAGCUCAAUGUCGACAAAAGAGUUAUGCCGACACUAAGAGACGACCCCUUGAGUUCCAAGAAGGGGAUCGUGUCUUCGUGAAGGUCACUCCGAUGAAAGGGGUGAUGAGAUUUGGUAAGAGAGGUAAGCUCAGUCCGCGAUUUGUGGGACCAUAUGAAAUUACCAAGAAAGUGGGUAAAGUCGCUUAUGAGUUAGCCUUACCUGAAGAGAUGGCGGGUAUACAUAAUGUGUUCCACAUUUCGAUGCUCAAAAGAUAUUUUGAAAGCCCAGAACAUAUCCUGGUACCUCCACAAGUACAAACUCAACCGAAUAUGACCUACGAAGAGAGGCCCGUGAAAAUACUUGAUCGCGAGAUUAAGAGACUAAGGAACAAAGAGAUAGCGUUGGUCAAGGUAUUGUGGCGAAAUCACAAAAUUGAGGAAGCAACAUGGGAACCAGAAGAUGCCAUGAGGAAGCGCUACCCUGAGUUAUUCUAAGUUUCGAGGACGAAACUUUUAUAAGGUGGGAGGGGUUGUAACACCCCGAUUUUAGUAAGCUAGUUAUAUUAAUCAUUUUAUUUUUUUUAGUCAGUUAAAUAAGUUUAUUUUAUGAAUGAUGUGAUUAUUAUUAAUCAUGUAUUGUUAUGUCAGGUAACGUUGACCGGUAAGCUCCAGAAAUCAUAAAUGAAUAAGUAAAUAAUAUGCUGAAAUUAUCAGUUUAUAUUUAUCUUUAGAAUAUUUUUUUAAUCAGGUUAAAAUUCUACUUUCAGAACUAUAAGCAUUUUUUAAGCAGACUAAGACACCCAAAUCAGUUAUCUUGGCCGAAUCGGUGUUGUGGUUAAGAGCCCUAAAAGGAGCAGUUUAUACACGUAACACACCGCCUUUGUUUCUUUUACCAACAACAGUAGCCGCACCGCCUUAUUAUCGAUCGGGAACCAAUCUCCCUUAUCUCCCUGUUUUUCCUCUUUCUUCCUCUUCAUCCAAAGGUUUUCUAAUCAGUAUUUUGUUGAAGCUCCUUGGUCCCUUGUGUCAUCGGCUCUUGUCUAAUUUAAGAAGGGGCUUACCGAGAGACGUUAUCAAGGUGUCGCACUUAAUUGAGUAAUCUGAGUUCAACUUCUACAGGAAAUGAAUAAAGGAUGGAAGCUUGAGAGAAUGUACAGAGCUGGUGACAGGGUUUUGGAUGGGUUAACGGAGAAGACCUGGCUGGUUGUUAUGUUUUGUAUUAGUACUUUGAUACUUAUAUGUUUUGUUAAAGGUUUUGUUUUCAAAACUCCUGAUCAGGUGUAAUAGUUAUGUUUACGGAUGGUUUAUCUUGAUUUCUUUAUGUUUUCGUUAAAAAGUUUGGUUAUGUAUAUAAGAAAUAAAGUUUCAUGAGGAGACUUUAUAUCAUUACUUCCGCUUUGUAUAUCGAGUUUGUUCAUGUUUGAGUAUCGUA